AUGACCUCAAUAGGCGAGUACGUGGGACGAACUCUCGACGACCCAGGGCUCUUCUAUGACCAAGUGGACUAUGCUAAGGCUAGUGCCGCCACGGGUAUCCCUCCAGAGCUCAUCGCUUACGCCAUUGAUGACGAGUUUGAUCGGCGGUUGUUCGGGAAUGGCGACGUUGCCACCUUCUUCACCAACUUACCCACGAGCAAGCUGGCGCUGGUGACUGUGGAGGCUCAAUUGGACCGGUUACACCUAACCCCGUUUGUUUCGGAACUGACCUCCGCCACCCUGGGCUCUGCGGACAGGGACACCCCGUCAAUAUCCAAACCCCCGACAACUGAGCCAACAUCGCUACCACCAUCAUCGAACAAAAUCAAAGCGAAUGCAGUCAACCAGCAUAAUCAUUCACGACAACCUGCAACUUCAGAGGAGCCAAAGAACGUUGCUCUACGUCCAUACUCCCACCCGGCUCCAAUCAAUCCUACCCUACUUCACGUCACCGUCAAAGCCACUGUGGAACCUCUGCAAACGUUAGCGGCAGCUCCUCCAAUUGCCCCGCGACAAGAAGCGGUGAAGAGUACCCGUCAUCUGCUGCCGAUAUCGCCGUUGGCGCCAGCGACGCCAUCACCUCCUCGAGCUCGUCGACGUCAGUCAAUGGUGGAACAAGCGCUCCCACGAUACAUUAAAAGCCAGCUUAAACUGCCACCGCGUACUUCCGGAGGUACCACUGGCGUCUACUCUACCGUGGUGGAGGAGGAGCUCGGAGUUAGCGGGUUUAUUCGCUCUCCCGGAUCGCUGCUGCUGAAAGUGCCCCCGCCACUGCUGGAUGUGCUUGACUUUGACGAAGAAUACAUCUCUCCAGCCCUGCUUAGUCGAUUUUAUGGGGUGCCGGCGCCGCCGAAACCGCUGGACACGCUGGACGUGGACUUCAUCACGAUAAACGACCUGAACGACGACGACACCCAUGAUAAUGAUUACCUCUUCAAUCUCUAA